AUGCCUAGAGCGGGCAUAGGCGGCAUGGGGUCGCGUCUCGCGGGCAAUGGAGGCAUCGACAUCGGAGGGAAAUCGCGACCAAGCAUCGAACUGUCCAUAUCACGGGGACCGGACAUCCCGCUGAAUCUUCUCUCGUACAAAUCGCGGGAGUCAUCGAAACCUCGGCGGUCUUCUAACUUUGAAAAUAAAAAAAAAACAACUUACUCCAAAUCCGCGACCACCCAUGAUCCUGUCUCUGAGGAACGGCGGUGGUGGAGGUGGUGGAUAAGGAUCGCGCCCGAACAUCCUGUCCCGGAACCCGUUUCUGUCGGGCCCACCACCCAUUCCACCCUUGGGGCACUCUUUGCUCCAGUGACCUCCACGUCCGCAGCGGUAGCACUGCUCGGGAUCGCCCAUACCCGGCCUCUGACGAACUCUGCUCGUCGAAAUCUGGACUUUCAUCGGCUGUCCGUCAACCAUCUGCCCGUUCAACUCCUUGAUCGCGUCAUUAACGUCGCCCGAGGCCUCCAAAUGCACGAACCCGUAGUUACGCACGAUGUCACACUCGACGACAGUACCGUACUUGGCGAACAGCUCACGAACUUGCGGAGCCUUGGUGUUGUCCGUCAGGUUACCCACGAAGAUUUUAGUAGUUGGGGUGUUUGGACCCUUUCGGCUCUUGGCGGCUUCGCAUUUUAUCGGCUGACCGUGGACUGGAGUUCCGUUCAAGUUUUGGAUUGCAUAUUCACAAGUCCGCAAAAAAAAUCAAUUUCAUCGUUAUUGAUUUCAGAUAAUUCUAAAAAUAGCUGCUCUUAA